AUGCCUCCGCUCCGCAAAGCCCCAAACCGUGCCUUGCUGUUGCUGCCGCCGCCGCCGACGACUUCCACAUAUGCGUCACUAAAAGCUGCAUACAAUGCCCCCCUUUCGACCGUUCUGGGAGAAUUGCGACGCACUCAGCAGCACACGCUGCUCGAGAUUGCUCUGCAAUGCCCACAUCUGUGCGGACAUCUCGGCGAUGCAAGGGGACCGCUGUACGAGACUACGCAACAGCUCGUCGCCGACCUAUACAAGCUGAUAACAAUUGUGGCUGCCAAGGACGCGAUUGAUACAGAGGAUGCUCAAGGCAUUGACGCCCGCAUCCUCCUGGUAGCGCAUCCGCGAGACGGCAAGCUUCAAAGCGCCUCUGAGCCUUCCACGCCAGAACAGGAACUGCAAGGGCCUGCAAUUGAUAUGCACACACUUGUCGGGAGCUCAAGGCAGUGGGCAGCUGUAUACUCGGUGGAGAGUGAAGAGGGUGAACGGUUUUUGAAGAGCUUCUCUGCCAUCUCGAAGAAUAAAAAGGUAUCGAAAGUACGAGGUGGCAUGGUUCUCAAUACUGGUGAUUCAGCUACAACCACCUCCAGCGCCUUCGAAAACUCACCAAAGCACCUCGCGGUCGCUGUGGGUGGGACCUUCGACCACCUCCACAUCGGUCACAAGUUGCUGCUCACCAUGUUUGCAUUCGUGCUAGGUCGACGAAGGCAGUCAGACAGUCCCAGCGUCCUUACAGUGGGCAUUACCGGCGAUGCUCUUCUCGUGAACAAGAAGUUCGCCGAUCAACUCGAGAGCUGGAAGGCUCGUCAAGAGUCAACGCAUGACUUCUUGCAUUCAAUCAUCUACUUUGGUCAGCCCGGCGACAACCGGAUCCAAAUACGAGAGAUCAAUGAGCCUGGUCCAAAUGGACACGCUGUGCAUAUCAGCUACCCAUUCGGCCUGACCAUCAAGUAUGUCGAGAUCUGGGAUCCGUUUGGGCCUACCAUCACCGACAAGGACAUCACGGCACUGGCGCUCUCGCUCGAGACCAGAGGUGGCGGCGCUGCUGUCAACGAGAAGCGCAGGGAGCAGGGCUGGGACCCACUGGAGGUCUACGAAGUGGCAGUACUUGAUGCCAGCGAAGAGGGCAGUGUAGACGAGACAUUUCAGAGCAAACUGAGCAGCACGGAGAUCCGUCGGAAACGGAGUGAACUUGUCAAGCCCAGAGCGAAGGCGUGA